AUGCCGGUGUUGCAAGGCGGCGAUUGGUACCACAUCGAGGGGGAGACCCCCGCACAGCUGAAGGAGCCUGAACAAAAGGCCGAAAACAAGCCGGGACAUCGCCCGCUGGGCUCCUACAAGCUGCCGAAAUGGGUUUAUCACCCGGAGCGAGCCAACCGCAGGAUUGUCAUCAACAAAGAGGACUACUUCGGAAUGGCAGCAGACGGCCUCCGCAACUUUGAUUUGUGGAACGUGGCCCACGUCGCAGCAUACCACGACGACUUGAAGCUCUUGUCAAUGGCCACCCUUGAGCAAUGCAAGGAGCCAAACAGGUGGGGAAUGACCCCAAUGCACAUGACUGGCUUGGGACAACAUCCUUACGGCCCCUCGCUUUGCGUCCUCUGGGAGCUAGUCCAGAUGGGUGCAGCAGACCCAAUGGCCCUGAACUCCGCAGACCAAAGUCCCUGGCACAUCGCGCAGCGGAUGCAGAAGCCCUCCCACCUGAAGAAGUGGGAGAAGGUUGUUUUCAAGGGCGGAAAGCCGGAGGAGUACGACAGCAAGAAGGAGGCGCAGCUGAAGCCACGAGGGAAGUUCGCCCGAGCCCUUGGCCUGGACCCCGCCAUGGCCGAGGAUACCUCGAAGCCGCUGCCGGUUUGCUUGGUGUUCCCAGGCCAGGGGGCACAGUACGUUGGCAUGCUCCAGAAGCAGAAGGAUCUUCCAGCGGUGAAGGCCAUGCUCGCAAAAGCGAAGGAGGUUCUCGGUUACGACCUGGCAGAGCUCCUUCAAAACGGCCCGGAGGAGAAGUUAGCAGAGACGAAAUACUGCCAACCCGCCAUGUACAUAGCCGGCAUGGCCGCAUUCGAACAGUUGAAGCUGGAGGAGGAGGACAAAGUCAGCAGAUGUCGAGCAGUGGCUGGGCUCUCCUUGGGCGAAUACGUCGCGCUGACCGCUGCGGGCGUUUUUGACUUUGAGACUGGGCUGCGGCUCAUCAAGGUCCGAUCCGAGGCCAUGCAGUUCGAACUCUCUGGCGGCCGGCCGGGUGCGAAGGCCCAGGGCAUGUGCCUCGCGGUCGGCCUGGUCAAGGACGAGGUCGAGCGACUCUGCAAAGAGUGUGCUGGCAAGGGCGAAACUUGCCAGAUCGCUGCCUGCUUAUUCUCGCGAGCUUUCUCGGUCGCCGGGAGCCGCGCUGCUGUCGAGUCCUUCGUGGAGAAGUCGCUCGCAGCCGGUGCACUGCAGUGUUCCCUGCUGAAAAACUCCGGCGCUUUCCACACGCCGGAGAUGUUGGAU